AGAUAAGGUUGAUGGUUUUAAAAAGCUACAGGAUUUUACAUGACGCCAAAGCUUCUGCAGAAAAGGAGCCAAAACCUGCCUACUUGAUACAGCAAUCCUCCAAAAGCCGCCAUUAGAGACUCAUGGGAUCAACCGACUUACAAUCUUCAUCCUAAUAACAGUUCACACAACAGGCAAGAAAACUUACAAACUGGCCUCAGAAGGUGACUCUUUUCUGAGGCAGUUACAAUGGCAGAACACCAAGAAUUCCCUCAUAGUCAUAGAAUGGAAGCAGAUGGUUCACGUCAUGAGAUGGUUUUAAGAGCAUUUGAUCAAAAUGGGGUUGCGAAAAAACCGUCGAAAGACACACCUGGUUCAAGAGUUAAAGCUUGUGAAGUCGAGAAGAUCAGUAGAAGACUGAACAUCCUUGAAGAAGAUACAAGAGACAUGAAGAAAGCUUUGUUUGACAGUUUGGAGGAAAGCAGAAAUCUGGUGUAUGAGAUAAACCAGCAAUUUCAGAGCAUAAACAAAAGCCAUCAACUUUGUAAUGAAGUAGCUUCUGGUUUCAUGGCUCCUCUUGAAGAUCAUGAUGAGACACUCAAUUCUCCCAAGGUAUGGAGGAAUGGUGUUGGCCUAUCAGAAAUCUUUCAUCACCAACCAAAUUUAUCUCUCGUCUUCAAACAUUUCAAAGCAACUUUGUUAGCAUUACAACAUUCUGCCAAAUCUAGGGAUCUUUGAAGAGAAAAAUGAACUUUUUUUUUUCUUUUUAACUUUUACAAAGGUACUUGUAAAUUGAAGAGAUUCAAAUUUGGGAUGAAUAUUUAAGGCAGCAGAAGUUUACUAGUUAAUUCACUAGUGAAAAAAAAUAAUAAUAAAAUCACUGUUAAUUUUUCCUAUUGGAUUAUUACCAUUUUGUUAUUAA